CAUAGCGAUUUUUUUGGAUCUACUCAGUGCCACAGCAUCGGCCCGGUCCUUGCCGAUUGCCCCACGUUCGAGUAUCUCCUCCGCAGCAGUGACCCCCCUUCACAAUCAGAGUACACGCACAUCUCGGAGAUGCUACAUGUUGCCUCUGAUCGUAUCGAACAGUUAGACGCGUCCGUGGGGUAUGAUAAAGACGAAGAAGCUCAUCUAAAACAGCUUAUUGACGCCUACCGAUCAAUUCUCUCUCCUCUUCGAACUUUCCCUUCGGAACUCUUGAUGGAGAUAUUUCAACACGCAGUGGAAGAUUUCUUCCCCGUUUUUGACCUGUCGCAAACUCCGUGGGUUCUAUGCCGUGUCUGUCAACGCUGGCGAGACGUUUCACGCUCUUGUGCGGAACUUUGGGCGUCUUUGUCAAUGGAAGGUUAUCCUCAACUUAAAAGAUUAGGAGAUGGAAUGAAAGAUCUUCCCGCUAUUCUGGAAGAUGCUCUGGACUUAUCGCGACAGAGAGAUUUGUCUAUCAGAUAUUCUCUGACUGGUAUCCCUUUGGCCACAGACUCACAGCUCAUCCGGCGUAUCGUUGGAAGGAUGUGUAUUUUUCCAUCUCGCCCUGCCUCGUUCCUUAUGUAAGAAAAAUCAACGGUCACCAUCUAUCAAAACUCCUUCGCCUCCAUCUUGCACCAUCCCAGUUUGAUAUAUUACCCGAAGAAGCACUGGAACCGUUCCUCCUGGCUCCAAAUACCCGCGAUGUUACCCUUUAUCUUGUUGCUCAUUCCUAUCUCCGACCAUCAUGGCGACAUCACUCAUUUUCGAGACGAUCAUCCUGCUACCGUCGGCGACCACCUCACCUUCUUAUCUCGAUCGACCCAGCUCGAAAGCCACACGAUAACUUGGUGCGUUCCAACACGCGAUAUAGGUGGUAUGUCUUUGACCAAUGUCACUCAUGAAACUCUGCGCUCGCU